AUGGUUCACUUCACAGCUGACGAGAAGGCAGCUAUCACAAGCAUAUGGGAUAAAGUGGACUUGGAAAAAGUUGGAGGAGAAACUCUGGGAAGGCUCCUGAUUGUCUACCCAUGGACUCAGAGAUUCUUUGACAAAUUCGGAAACCUCUCUUCUGCCACUGCCAUCAUGGGCAACCCCAGAAUCAGAGCCCAUGGCAAGAAAGUGCUGACAUCCCUAGGCUUGGCGGUUCAGAACAUGUAACUUAAACAUAUUUUUUUUCAUGUAAAUUCUCUCCGGAAUCCCCUUUUCUCAUUUUUGUGUUUCCUCCCACAGCUCCUGGGCAACAUGCUGGUGAUUGUUCUGUCUUCUCACCUUGGCAAGGAAUUUACAGUCGAGGUACAGGCUGCCUGGCAGAAGCUGGUGGCUGCAGUGGCCAAUGCUCUGUCCCUCAAGUACCACUAAGCCCCCUUUCCUGAUGACCAGCACUGCUGUGUACCCCUCAGCCCCAUCCUAUA